AACGCCGACCGUAACCCAAUAUGGCCGUUACACUCCUGAGGGGCCUUCUAAGGCCAUCAAUUCUCUCUACUGCACAGUUUGCUCUCGCGCGAUCAAUACGGCCUGCUUUCGCCGCCCCCGCUUUCGAAACCACUGCUCCAGCGUUCGCAAUCCGCCCGCCGCCGUCGUCGCGCGCCCACAAAUGCACACUGAUACAAGUGCUACGACAAGGGAGAAUCGCACAAAAAGCGCGGAAGCUUCGUUCACCGCAAUUGAAAGACCGACCGGAGCUAAAGGGAGUGUGCCUCAAAGUCGGAACAACCAAGCCUAAGAAACCAAAUUCGGGAGAGAGGAAGAUCGCGAGGGUCAGGCUGAGCACAGGAAAGGUCAUUACGGCAUAUAUCCCUGGUGAAGGACACAACGUGCAGCAGCAUUCUGUAGUUAUGGUGCGAGGCGGACGAGCACAAGAUUGCCCCGGUGUAAAAUAUCACUUGGUUCGAGGAGCGCUGGAUCUGGGUGGUGUUGGUAACCGAAUUACUGCUCGAUCAAAGUACGGCACGAAGAAACCAAAGACUGCGGCAUAAGCCAGUAAAGCGUAUUUUAAACCUGUAUCAUACCUUUGGCAUCAAUGGCGUUGGGAGACACCCUGGGCAGAAGGGUCAUGGCCUCGUCUCCAGCCUGGGCAUUCUUCAUAAUAGGUUGGCCCUCAGAGAGUGCUGAAUCUCUUGAAAAUGAAAGAAUGCAGCCAUGUUCUUAAUCAAUGCUCAGCAUGCCGCCUUAUCAGUCGUACCAAUACUUCGCCGUGUGACUUGCAGAUGUAUGGGCAAAAAAUUGGUUAAAAACAAAAACACACAACAGUGGGGAUUCGCUAGUAGUCACUAUUUUAUAGGCUAGACAAUUAUAUUGCUAUAGAUUAUACUACUGA